AUGAAGGACGAAAAUCUGUCUAUUCUGCUCUUCGGCAGUGGUGGAAGAGAACAUGCAGUCGCAUGGAAGCUCAGCCAAAGUACGCGAGUGGACAAGAUCUAUGUGUUACCAGGAAAUGGAGGAACGGAAACUCUAAGGAAAACUGAGAACGUCAGCCACGUCGAUAUCAAAGACCAUGCAGCAUUGAUAAAUUUCAUCGAGAACUCCAAGGUAGAUUUUGUCGUUCCUUGUGCUGAAGGGCCUCUUGUCGAUGGCAUCACGGUCGUUCUUGUCGCUGCCGGUAUCAAGUGCUUUGGCCCUUCCAAGAAAGUAGCCGAACUUGAAGGAUCCAAGGCAUUCUUCCAUGCUUUCACCAAGAAAUAUCAGAUCCAGACCGCACAAGCUCACGUAUUCAACAAAUGCCAAGAAGCCUUGGACUUCCUUGACACUAUCGAUUACAGGGUUGUUGUGAAGGCGUCAGGGCUCACAAGUAGCAAGGGCGUCAUUGUUUGCACAGAUAAGGCAUCUGCCAAGAAUGCUGUCAAGAAAACCAUGCUUGAUGAAGUCUGGAACUCAUCUGGAGAGAUCAUCAUCAUUGAAGAGUAUCUUACAGGGGAAGAGUUUACUGUUACAGCUGUCAGUGAUGGCGAGCACUUUAGAGUUCUGUCAUCAGUGAGAGAUUAUAAGACACUCUAUCGUGAUGAUCAGGGCCCAAACACUGGCGGUAUAGGAAGCCAUGCCCCUUACCAGGUUACCGUAGAGGCAUUGGCAGAGAUCGAGGAGACUAUACUCAAGAAGACAAUUGCUGGAAUGGGCGAAGACGUUGGUUUCUUGAACGUUGGAAUCAUCCUCUCUUUCACUGGCCCCAAAGUCAUUGAUUACGACGUUCGUCUUGGAGAUCCAGAAACACAAGCAAUCCUGCCUCUGCUCAAAACUGACUUGGCGGAGAUUCUGUUGGCUGGUGUGCAGAAUAGUUUGGGCAAUGUCGAGAUCGUCAUCAGUCAAGAAUUUUGUGUUUCUGUUGUGCUCUGUGGAGAAGGAUAUCCUGGCAAAGGAAGUGUUGGAAAACUCAUCACCAUCGCCGAUGGAAUUGCGGAAUCUACGAUCUUCCACGGAGGAACUGUUCGUCAAAACGGGAAAUUCUACACGACCAAGGGCCGUGUUAUGCAGGUGACCGCCAUCGGACCAACCUUGAAAGAUGCAGCUAAUGAUUCUUACUCAUCCAUAAAACACAUCAAGUUCGAUGGAAUGCGCUUUAGAGACGACAUUGGCGCCGUGGUUAAGUAG